AUCACCGGUUUUAUAGCUCAUUUACAUCAUAGAAGGCUUGUCAAUAACCACCACCGUUGAAUCUCUGGACACAGACGUCAUCAGGGGUCAUUUAAAGAUGGCGCACUGCUUGGCUGCACGUUUAAGCGCCCAGGAGGAGCAGAUUCGGCUUCUCACCACUGAGAUCUCCGCUCUCCGGGACGGACUGAACGGCGGGGCUGGCUGCGCCGGGGUUGUUUCUGAAAGUCCCGAGCUCGAAAACCUGCGGGCGGAGAAUGAGAAGCUCCGGUACCGGUUGCUGCACCUCCGGAGGGGUCUGCAGGCUGAGCUGGACAUGGAAGAGGCGCUGGGAAAGAAACAACCAGAAGCACGGUGUGGCAGAACCCCCGAGAGGAAUACCGUAAAACCACAACAAACAGGCAGCCGAACUGAUAACGGGCAGGUUCCAAUCCCAGACAAGAAACCCAGUGAGAAAAACAAGAAGGAGAAGAAGCAAGAUAAAGGACGAGAGGAUGGAGGAACGAAGGAGCUGAAUCCAUGGCCUCCAUAUGUUACCGAGCGCCUCAGCCUCUACGAGGAGCUUAAAAAGGAGAGUGAUGGCCUGCUGGCGAGGAAGGCUGCAGAAAGUAAACCCAUUAUUGUUGAGUUGACAGAUGGGCAAAAGGUUCCAGGAAAGUCUUGGGUUACGACACCGUAUCAAAUAGCCUCUGAUAUCAGCCAAGGCCUGGCCGACAGUGCUGUGAUUUCUCGUGUUAAUGGAGAGCUCUGGGAUCUGGACAGACCUCUUGAGCAGGACUGCUCUCUGGAGAUCUUGCACUUUGAUAAUGAAGAUGCUCAAGCUGUGUACUGGCACUCCAGCGCUCACAUCCUGGGGGAAGCCAUGGAGCGUUUCUAUGGAGGCUGUUUGUGUUACGGCCCCCCGAUAGAGAAUGGCUUCUACUAUGACAUGUUCCUAGAUGGACAGAAGUCAGUGUCCAGCACAGAGUUUGGAGACUUGGAGGCUUUGUGCAAGAGUGUGGUGAAAGAGAAACAGCCUUUUGAGAGACUUGAAAUCAGUAAAGAGACACUGCUAAAAAUGUUUAAAUACAACAAAUUCAAGUGUCGCAUUCUGAAUGAGAAAGUUACCACCCCGACUACAACAGUCUACAGAUGUGGGCCCUUGAUUGACUUAUGCAGAGGCCCUCAUGUCAGACACACAGGGAAGAUUAAGGCACUGAAGAUAUACAAGAACUCCUCCACCUAUUGGGAGGGCCGCUCGGACAUGGAGACUCUGCAGAGAAUCUACGGGAUUUCCUUCCCAGACUCAAAGAUGCUGAAGGAGUGGGAACACUUUCAAGAGGAGGCCAAGAAUAGAGACCACAGAAAGAUUGGCAAAGAUCAGGAGCUGUUCUUCUUCCACGAUCUCAGCCCCGGCAGCUGCUUCUUCAUGCCACGUGGCGCCUACAUCUACAACACGCUCACGGAGUUCAUCAGGGACGAAUACUGGAGAAGAGGCUUUCAGGAAGUCGCCUCCCCCAACAUCUACAACAGCAAGCUGUGGGAGACAUCUGGCCACUGGCAACACUACAGUGAAAACAUGUUUUCAUUCCCUGUGGAAGAUGACAUCUUUGCAUUGAAGCCAAUGAACUGCCCCGGCCACUGCUUGAUGUUCAGCCACAGGCCUCGCUCGUGGCGAGAGCUUCCUUUGAGGCUGGCAGAUUUCGGGGUCCUGCACAGGAACGAGCUGUCAGGAACUCUGACUGGUCUGACCCGAGUGCGGCGCUUCCAGCAGGAUGAUGCUCACAUUUUCUGCUUGAUGGAUCAGAUUGAGUCAGAGAUGAAGGGUUGUCUGGACUUCCUCCGCUGUGUUUACGACGUGUUCGGAUUCUCCUGCCAGCUUUAUCUGUCUACCCGUCCAGAAAAGUAUCUGGGUGACAUAGCCGUGUGGAACCAGGCUGAGAAGCAACUUGAAAACAGCCUGAAUGAGUUUGGGGAGCCAUGGAAACUCAACCCUGGAGACGGGGCUUUUUAUGGACCCAAGAUUGACAUUAAGAUCAAAGACGCGAUUGGACGCUACCACCAGUGUGCCACCAUUCAGCUGGACUUCCAGCUGCCUAUUCGCUUCAAUCUGACCUUUGUGGGAAAGGAUGGGGAUGACAAAGCGCGGCCAGUCAUCAUCCAUCGUGCCAUCUUGGGCUCAGUGGAAAGGAUGAUUGCCAUUCUCACAGAGAACUAUGCAGGAAAAUGGCCUCUGUGGCUCUCUCCACGACAGGUGAUGUUGGUGCCCAUCAACCCCUCCUGUGAGGAUUACGCCAACAAGGUGUGCAAGCAGUUCACAGAAGCCGGUUUCAUGGCAGACGCUGAUCUGGACUCUGGCUGCCUCCUGAACAAGAAAAUCCGAAACGCUCAGUUGGCUCAAUAUAAUUUCAUCCUGGUUGUCGGGGAGAAAGAGAAGAUGACUAACAGCGUAAACGUGCGCACAAGAGACAACAAGGUCCACGGAGAACUGCCGGUGUCUGAGGUGAUGGCUCGCUUGACCCUGCUCAAACAGUCCCGCUGCCGAAAUGCAGAAGAAGAAUUUUGAUGAAGAUGGGCAAAGCGAAUUUUGUCCUUAAGUUACCUCAUGCACAGCAGUUGUUAGAGGAGCUGUGAAUAGGCAGAUGAUGGCAUUUGUGUAGAUGGAUUUUGUAAAGUCAUAAAUGUGAAGUGGACACAAAUGGAUCGUAAUCUUGUGUAAGUGCAUUUUAAUGAAUGGGGCAGUAGAAAAAAGUAAAUGUCCAUGUGAUUGUCAGUGAACUCUGGAGGGAAAAAUCUCAUUUUGGGGCUGAAUACCAAAUAAUUUCUUGGCAGUCUACAUCAAUUAGAAGGAAACUGAACUGAUAAAUGAGAGUGUGAGAUCACUAUGACCAUUAAAAUGAUGUGAAAUUGACACCUAUUUCUCAUGGGGAGAAAAAAGACCUGAAAUAAAAGGAAAAAAAAAACUGCAAAAUGUGUUCUCUCUUCACUUUUCAUUCAUGCUUUACUGUGUCUCAUUCAGUCUUUUCUUUUUCUUUAUUAUUUGGCAAUAAUUGUUAAUAUUAUUCUGUGUGAUGUGAAAGACCAUAAUUACCCUACAUGUUAAUGUAUAAGGUCAGGAACAUACCA